AUGGCCGGUUCAAAAGUGGGGGAAGUUGGAGAAAGCUUCACGCUAGCCGAUCAAGAGAACUCUAAAUCUAUUGUUGAUACAGCAAAUGGCGAGGUGACGGCUACUGCUGGAGAGUUGGAUUUUGAGGAGUAUACAAGUGGUGGAAUGGGUCGACACUUGGGCAUUUGGUCCACGAUCUUUUUGGUGGUAGGUCGAAUUAUCGGAACUGGAAUCUUUUCGACUCCCUCUUCGGUCACUAGCAGUGUCGGCAGUGUAGGCGCGGCCUUACUAUUAUGGGUGCUGGGAUUCCUUCUAGCCGGCUCUGGUCUCUGUGUGUGGCUGGAGAUGGGCUGCAUGAUCCCGCGAAGUGGAGGAGAGAAAGUCUACUUGGAGGCGGUAUAUCGCCGACCAAAGCUACUGAUUACUGUUGUUUUCGCUGUGCAAGCAGUAGCCUUGGGAUUUACAGCUUCUGGUUGUGUGGUGUUUGCUUCUUAUAUUUGGGUCGCCGCAGGCAGAGAAGCCUCUGAAUGGGAAGAGCGCGGCGUUGCAAUUGCUGUUAUUGUAUCCAUCACAUUAUUGCAUACCUUCCUGCCCAACUGGGGAGUCCGAGGAAUGAAUUUCCUGGGCGUCUACAAAGUCGUCCUCCUGCUAUUCAUUGUUAUCACCGGCUGGGUGGUGCUCAGUGGACGAGUGUCCAGCAUUCCGAACCCACAUGCCAGUUUUCACGACGCCUUUGCAGGGUCCGCAACAUCAAGCAAUCCCUAUGCCAUUGCACUUUAUAAGGUCUUGAAUUCAUUCUCUGGUUGGUCUAAUGCAGCAUACGUUAUGAAUGAGAUUCGCAAUCCCGUCCGUACCGUUAAGAUUGCCGCUCCCAUCGGGCUUUCGAUCUGCGGUACUCUCUAUAUCCUAGCGAAUGUGGCAUACUACGCAGCGGCAACACCCGAGGAGAUCGCCAAUAGUGGAACCACUGUGGCUGCAUUCUUUAUGGGAAAGGUUUUUGGUUCAACUGCCGAACGAGCUUUGAGUGCGUUGGUCGCUAUAUCCGCCUUUGGAAAUGUCUUGACUGUCACAUUCGCACAGGCCCGAGUGAAUCAGGAGCUUGCAAAGGAAGGAGUCAUUCCAUAUCCCAAGUUUUGGGCCUCUAACUGGCCCUUCAAGUCGCCAUCAGCCGGAUUGCUCCUCCAUUUUAUUCCCUCCUUCAUUGUCAUCGUCGCGAUUCCAUUUGGCGAUGCCUAUGACUUCAUUCUAGAUCUCGAAGGGUACCCUUCAAGUGUGAUAAACUUCCUCGUUGUCGCAGGUCUAUUUUAUCUAAGAUGGAAGGCACCCAAGGUACAUCGGCCAUUCCGAGUCUGGUGGCCUGUUGCUUUCUUCUUCAUGGUUGGGCAAGCCUUUCAACUUGUGGCCCCAUUUAUCCGUCCCCGGGAGGCAAGGGAGAUACAUCACUUCCAUACUGGCUUUCAUCCGUGA